GAGGAACUAGCCACUUCCUAGUUUUGCAUGCUAGUAGCUCAACUGUGUGCGCUGAGUGACUCACUAACACUUCUGUUCAUCAUACCGAGUGGUUUGUGCAACUAGAAUUAUUUUAAAGAUGAAUUUUUUUUUGGAGACACUAAAGGUUCUGCUUCUGACAAUAUAUUUGAUUUUUGAGUCAAUCAUCUUAUGGUUCCUUCCAUCUCGGAAAAAGAAUGUUGCUGGUGAAUUAGUGCUCAUCACUGGAGCUGGUAGUGGAAUAGGUAGACUUAUGGCUUUGGAAUUUGCUCGUCUAGGAGCUACGUUAGUUCUUUGGGACAUUAAUGAAGAGGGAAACAAAGAGACAUGCAGAUUAGCAAAGGAAAAUGGUGCUUUACGGGUUCAUACCUACACGUGCGACUGCAGUAAAAGGGAAGACGUCUACAAAGUAGCUGCUCAGGUAAAAAAAGAAGUUGGGGAUAUUACUAUGCUAAUUAAUAAUGCUGGAAUUGUAACUGGAAAGAAAUUCAUUGACUCACCUGAUGCCCUUGUGGAGAAGACCAUGCAGGUGAACACUAUGGCACACUUCUGGACUUAUAAAGCCUUCCUCCCUGCCAUGAUGGCCUCUAACCACGGGCAUUUGGUCAGUAUUGCAAGUUCUGCAGGGUUAAUUGGAGUUAAUGGACUAGCAGAUUACUGUGCCAGUAAGUUUGCAGCCAUUGGUUUUGCAGAGUCGGUUGGCCUUGAAAUGUUAGCACUUGGAAAGACUGGGGUGAAGACCACAAUUGUUUGCCCAUAUUUUAUUAACACAGGAAUGUUUGAUGGUUGCACAUCCAAAUGGCCACAUUUCAUGCCCAUUUUAGAGCCUGAAUAUGCCAGCAAAACCAUUGUUAAUGCAAUUCUCAAGGAACAGGUGUAUCUGGUGAUGCCUCGCAGUCUGUACAUCAUAUUUGGUUUUAAAAACAUUAUUUCAGCAAAACUUGGAGUUGUUCUUGGCGACUAUUUUGGAGCAUUCCAUUUCAUGGAUCAUUUCAAAGGCCGGGUGAAGAAGGAUUAAAGUUCUCCUGGUGCAGGAAAUAUAUAUGUAUAUAAAUAUAAAUUGCAGCAAUAAAUGUUAAGACUCAUGCUCUACAAAUAUAUGGUCCCUAUUGAUUUAAUUGUUCUUUUUCUACAUUACCUAGGUGUAUAUAUAUAUAUACUACUAAUUUGUUCUAGAUAAACGCAACUUUUAAAUUAUGUCUAGCAAUUUAUGUUUUUAUUUUAUACGCACACUUUGGUGAAACUUUUUAGAACCAAUAGUAAUUAAUUGCAUUGACAUUUUUUUUUUAUUGUAUUUUCAAUAAGAAAUUGGGUACCUGGCUGUAAUGAUGGGUAUAUGAGCUAUUAUUUUGAAAAAUAAAACAUUUGAUAGGAGGUAA